AAUAAGUUUUCUGUCCACUUUCCAGUUUCCAGUAUAUUCCAAUAAACUUUGUUCAAUCAAAGAUUAAUCGUUUUGGUUCUGCUACUGAUUCGUGGAAGCAACCAUCAAUGGCGGCGGAUGAAGAAUCAAUCGAACAAGCAGCAGCAGAGAGAAGAGAGAGACUCAAAGCUCUUAGAGCAGCGCAAGAGCUUUUCGAUACUCCAGAUGACGAUUCUUCUCACCCUAAAAACACUUCUCAAGAUGGAGAUUCUGCUAACAAUGGCGACAGUAAUCUUAACUUGAAAUUCCGAAAUUACCUUCCUCAUGACAAAGAACUACAAGAGGGUAAACUUGCAGCACCCAAUUUACCAAAAUUUGAGGACCCUAUUGCCACUGCUCCACCACCAGAGGAAAAAGAGGAUCCUUUUCUGAACAUUGCACCCAAAAAACCCAACUGGGACCUCAGGAGGGAUGUGCAGAAAAAGCUAGAUAAAUUAGAAAAGCGCACACAAAAGGCGUUGCAUCAGCUGAUGUUGGAACACGAAAAGCAGAGGCAAUUGGAGGAUGGAGGCAUAGCUGCUGAAGAAUGAAGGAUUCCAGUCAACAUCUGAUCUUUGACCUCCGGUGUGGAGACUAGCUGAGUUGCUGUUAUUGUUUGAAUCACUGAGUCUAGCUGGAUUUUCAUAUCUGUUUCGAUAUGAGUGGUACACAGCUCGCAGCUGAGACUUGCUCAAUGCAUGUAACAUUGUCUCUCUAUCUUGUUAGUAAAUAGAUGAAAGAUUGGUAGGAUUUGGACACUUCUGGAGCAUCAAGCCACUACUGUUGAUGCUUAGCAUGUUUGUGUGCUGAUUUGAUGCUAUAUGAUUAUCAUGGAGUAAGAAAUCUGUUGUGGAGAAAAAAUAUCUUAUAGAUCUUGUUCAUGUGUCA